AUAGGAGAUUCCCCCUCAUAUUUUAUUUCCUAAAACAAGAACAAUCAAAUGUUCAAGAAAAUAAAAACUUGACAAAUCGGUUAGUUUCCAUUACGAACAAGAGAAAAUCUUUCUUGAAAUCCAGCAAUCAAUGCCUUGUUCCUUAUUAUAUUUCUUGUUCCUAUAUAAAAACAAAGCUCGUCCACCCAAAUUUGUCAUUACAAAAUCUCCAUUGUUGUGUUUGAACUCCAUUUACGCCUUAGAUCAAAGCAAUGGGUCAUAGCAGAAUAAAGAUGGAAUUGAUAAAGAAGGAGAGUACGCGAAUGCUUACGUAUCAGAAAAGAAAGAAAAGUUUAGAGAAAAAGGUUUCAGAAUUCUCAAUUCUCUGUGGUGUUGAAGCUUGUUUAGUCAUUUUCGGACCGAAACUGAAAAAUCAAUAUUCCAACAAGCCCGACGCUGUCUGGCCGCUCAAUUCUGAUGAAGCUAGAAAUAUUAUCGGCAAGUAUAAGGAAACUGAUCAAGCGAAAAGAUGCUAUUCUGUUUCUGAUUAUUUUUCGGAAAAGAAGAAGAAACUUGAUGCAGAGAUUUUUAAGUUGCAUAAGCAGGUUUUCCAAGCUAAGUUCCCGUCAUGGAAUGUUCGGUUGGAUAGUUCGUCUGAAGAUGAAUUACGACUACUUGUUACUUUAUUAGAAAAUAGAAUUGAAGCGGCUGAUCAACGAUUGAACUCAUUCCAAGCAAAUCAGAAUGAUCGAAUUGAAAUGUUAGCGCCAAGAAUGGUCUAUGAUACUCACAACUUUCAGGGUUUUCCGGACCUGAUGAAGGAUGUUCAAAUUCCUCCUAUAUAUUGGCAGAAUCCGUAUAUGAUCCCGUUGAAUUCAAACUUUCAACUUUUCCCUGAUACUCAUUCAACCAUAUCUGGUCGAAAUUUGAUGGACAAUAACAGCAGUAGCAGCAGCUCAAAUAACUUGCAAUUGCAAUUGUUUGCUCCGAAGCCAUUGGAUGUUCAAGUUCCAAUGUAUUUCCAGAAUCAGGGGAUGUCGCUAAAUUCAAAUGUAAUGGAGGAUGUGAUGGCGAAAAUGUCGAACAAUCAGAAUUUCAGCAAUCAAUUUGGUGGCAGAGGUAUUCUUAAUCAUAUUCCAAGCUUUUCAGGAUUGCCCUAUGCUGCUAACCCUCAAUUCCUGGUACCGGAUAAUGUACGGCUCAACCAUUUUGAUGCCUCUAUGCCGCUGCAAACAAUGUUGCCACAAUCACGUAAUCAGCCGCCCAUGUCGAGCCUUCAGAAUCAGGUGCACUUUCCUCAAGCAGACAAGUUUAGUUUUUAUGACAUUGGAAUUCCAAAAGCAGAAAGAUAGUGUGAAGUAGUAGAUGUGUAUUUUGAUGAUUUCUGAAUAGCAUGAAGCGAGUAGUUUCGGAUUUUUGAUGUUUAGCAACUUACAUAUUCUUCAGCUUUAUAUCCUUUUAUGACUUUUUAAUGCUUUUAAUUUUCAUGAACAUGUAGUUACUGAAAAACGGAUGUAAAUUCAACUUUCUCUAGUUUGAUAUGGAUUAUAUUUUU